AUGAAUGUUGAGUCUGGUGCGACUGCAGAUUUGGAGUCGUUGUGGCGGGAAUUUGUCAAAUCCGAGUCGCAUAAACGGACCCUUUUCGCGGUGCAUCAGAUAGACGCGCUUUGGUACCAAUUUCUGUCCAUUCCUCGCUCAAUCUCACAUUUGGAAAUCAAGCAUGACAUGCCCUGUCCACAAGACCAAUGGUCAUCAUCCUCUGCCGCUGAAUGGGCUCAUCGACAACUUGUUGCAAGAAAUGCCGGCCCCUCAGUCACAUACACCGAUGCCGUUCGACGCUUCCUCUCUUCUGAUGAAGAUGCCGCCUCACUUCCAGCAUUUGACCCAUACGGCGCCAUUAACAUCGCGCAAUUUCUGAUCUCUAGCGCCCGAGAAAUCUCAGGCUGGUCUACAAUGACGGGGAUGCUCAGUUUGGAACGAUUCGGCGCAUUAAGAUCAUCCCUCGUCGCACUCAGACCGUUUAUCUGUCCCAGUGAUCACAAAGCGCAAACAAAGUACGCGACUUCGUGCCCUGCAACUUGGGAGACUGCCAUGAUGGAGCUGCAAAUGUGGUCGCCAUCCCACACUGGUGGGAUUGUGGAAGGAAGUAUAGACGCCGUUCUCAGCCAGUCAACAUUUUUAGGACCGUCGCAGUUCCUGUGCGAUACAAACACGGCCAAGACUAUGCAACCGCAUGUCAACUGGUUUCUACGAUAUCUCGAGGAAACGCGCACAUUGGAAUCCGAAGCGCCGUGGGUUACCUUGUAUGCGUAUAAAGCCUUUUUGAUUGCCUGGCAGCUAAUAAAUGCUGGCCUACCUGGCGCAAUGGACACUGUGGGCAUUAGUGACGGUGAUAUAGAGGGAGCUCUGAUUUGGGCGAGAAAGGUCUUUCAGCGAAGACAGAAAUGGCAGAUUGGAAAACUGAUCUUGUCGUGUUUGGAUGAGCUAGGUAAAUGA